AGGUAAUGUAAGCAUUUGAGUUACACAUGAGAGAGGAAUCAGGCAUGUCAGCUCUUUGUCCACCACCAUCUCCUGCAGUUGCUAAAACAGAGAUCUCUUUGAAUGGUGACUCACCUUUAUUAGCUGCCACUUUUGCUUACUGGGACAACAUUCUUGGCCCCCGAGUGCGGCAUAUCUGGGCCCCAAAGACUGAACAGGUACUUCUCAGUGAUGGUGAAAUAACUUUUCUUGCUAACCACACCCUGAAUGGAGAAAUACUUCGGAAUGCAGAAAGUGGUGCAAUAGAUGUGAAGUUCUUCGUCUUGGCAGAAAAAAGGGUAAUCAUUGUGUCAUUAAUCUUCGAUGGAAACUGGAAUGGAGACAGAAGCACAUAUGGACUAUCAAUUAUACUUCCACAAAGUGAACUUGGCUUCUACCUGCCUCUUCACAGAGUGUGCGUGGAUAGGUUAACACAUAUUAUAAGGAAAGGAAGAAUAUGGAUGCAUAAGGAGAGGCAAGAACAUUUCCAGAAGAUUGUCUUGGAAGGCACGGAGAGAAUGGAGGAUCAGGGCCAGAGCAUCAUUCCGAUGCUGACAGGAGAAGUCAUUCCUGUAAUGGAACUCCUUGCAUCUAUGAAAUCUCAUGGUGUUCCGGAAGAAAUAGAUAUAAGUGACACAGUGCUAAAUGAUGAUGACAUUGGUGAUAGUUGCCAUGAAGGCUUUCUCCUCAAUGCAAUUAGUUCACACCUGCAGACCUGCGGUUGUUCUGUAGUUGUAGGAAGCAGUGCAGAAAAAGUUAAUAAGAUUGUGAGAACAUUGUGUCUGUUUCUUACGCCAUCAGAGCGGAAGUGUUCCAGACUAUGUAGAAAUGAGUCUUCUUUCAAGUAUGAGUCAGGACUUUUUGUUCAAGGCUUACUCAAAGAUGCAACAGGAAGCUUUGUGUUGCCCUUCCGUCAAGUAAUGUAUGCCCCGUACCCUACUACACAUAUAGAUGUAGAUGUCAAUACAGUGAAGCAGAUGCCCCCUUGUCAUGAACACAUCUAUAACCAACGACGAUAUAUGAGAUCUGAGCUGACAGCAUUUUGGAGAGCUAAUUCAGAUGAAGAAAUGUGUCAAGAUCAUAUUAUCCACACAGAUGAGAGUUUCACACCUGAUUUAAAUGUCUUUCAAGAUAUCCUUCAUCGAGAUACGUUAGUAAAAGCCUUCCUGGAUCAGAUAUUUCAUCUGAAGCCUGGCUUGUCUCUAAGGAGUACUUUCCUCGCACAAUUUCUGCUAGUCCUUCACAGAAAAGCCUUAACUUUAAUAAAAUACAUAGAGGAUGACACGCAAAAAGGAAAAAAACCUUUUAAGUCUCUUCGUAGCUUAAAGAUAGAUCUUGACUUAACAGCAGAGGGCGAUCUUAACAUAAUAAUGGCUUUGGCGGAGAAGAUUAAACCAGGUCUACAUUCCUUUAUCUUUGGUAGGCCAUUCUACACUAGCGUACAAGAACGUGAUAUGCUCAUGACGUUUUAA